GGAUAAUGGACCGAGAGUAGACUGCGCUGUGUCUGCCCAUACUCUGAAUCGUAUUGCCAAUCUCCUACUCAUCCUGCUUCUGAGAAUCCUGAGCACAGGACACCUGAGAUAGCAAAAGGUCCUUCCUGUAGUAAAAGGCUUACAGAGACAAAUGGCUGGAGCGGUGUGAGAAUAUGGACUCUGGAACUUUGGAAUUGGGAGUACAUUUUAGAUUAGAAGAUAGCAUGUAAAGGAAGAAGGAGAGAGUUUUUGUGGGUCAGGCAUCUGGGCAUGGCUCAGACUCAAGAAUGAACAAUCCGUCAGAAACCAGUAAACCAUCUAUGGAGAGUGGAGAUGGCAACACAGGCACACAAACCAAUGGUCUGGACUUUCAGAAGCAGCCUGUGCCUGUAGGAGGAGCAAUCUCAACAGCCCAGGCGCAGGCUUUCCUUGGACAUCUCCAUCAGGUCCAACUCGCUGGAACAAGUUUACAGGCUGCUGCUCAGUCUUUAAAUGUACAGUCUAAAUCUAAUGAAGAAUCGGGGGAUUCACAGCAGCCAAGCCAGCCUUCCCAGCAGCCUUCAGUGCAGGCAGCCAUUCCCCAGACCCAGCUUAUGCUAGCUGGAGGACAGAUAACUGGGCUUACUCUGACGCCUGCCCAGCAACAGUUACUACUACAGCAGGCACAGGCACAGGCACAGCUGCUGGCUGCUGCAGUGCAGCAGCACUCCGCCAGCCAGCAGCACAGUGCUGCUGGGGCCACCAUCUCCGCCUCUGCUGCCACGCCCAUGACGCAGAUCCCCCUGUCUCAGCCCAUACAGAUCGCACAGGAUCUUCAACAACUGCAACAGCUUCAACAGCAGAAUCUCAACCUGCAACAGUUUGUGUUGGUGCAUCCAACCACCAAUUUGCAGCCAGCGCAGUUUAUCAUCUCACAGACGCCCCAGGGCCAGCAGGGUCUCCUGCAAGCGCAAAAUCUUCUAACACAACUACCUCAGCAAAGCCAAGCCAACCUCCUACAGUCGCAGCCAAGCAUCACCCUCACCUCCCAGCCAGCAACCCCAACACGCACAAUAGCAGCAACCCCAAUUCAGACACUUCCACAGAGCCAGUCAACACCAAAGCGAAUUGAUACUCCCAGCUUGGAGGAGCCCAGUGACCUUGAGGAGCUUGAGCAGUUUGCCAAGACCUUCAAACAAAGACGAAUCAAACUUGGUUUCACUCAGGGUGAUGUUGGGCUCGCUAUGGGGAAACUAUAUGGAAAUGACUUCAGCCAAACUACCAUCUCUCGCUUUGAAGCCUUGAACCUCAGCUUUAAGAACAUGUGCAAGUUGAAGCCACUUUUAGAGAAGUGGCUAAAUGAUGCAGAGAACCUCUCAUCUGAUUCGUCCCUCUCCAGCCCAAGUGCCCUGAAUUCUCCAGGAAUUGAGGGCUUGAGCCGUAGGAGGAAGAAACGCACCAGCAUAGAGACCAACAUCCGUGUGGCCUUAGAGAAGAGUUUCUUGGAGAAUCAAAAGCCUACCUCGGAAGAGAUCACUAUGAUUGCUGAUCAGCUCAAUAUGGAAAAAGAGGUGAUUCGUGUUUGGUUCUGUAACCGCCGCCAGAAAGAAAAAAGAAUCAACCCACCAAGCAGUGGUGGGACCAGCAGCUCACCUAUCAAAGCAAUUUUCCCCAGCCCAACUUCACUGGUGGCGACCACACCAAGCCUUGUGACUAGCAGUGCAGCAACUACCCUCACAGUCAGCCCUGUCCUCCCUCUGACCAGUGCUGCUGUGACGAAUCUUUCAGUUACAGGCACUUCAGACACCACCUCCAACAACACAGCAACCGUGAUUUCCACAGCGCCUCCAGCUUCCUCAGCAGUCACGUCCCCCUCUCUGAGUCCCUCCCCUUCUGCCUCAGCCUCCACCUCCGAGGCAUCCAGUGCCAGUGAGACCAGCACAACACAGACCACCUCCACUCCUUUGUCCUCCCCUCUUGGGACCAGCCAGGUGAUGGUGACAGCGUCAGGUUUGCAAACAGCAGCAGCUGCUGCCCUUCAAGGAGCUGCACAGUUGCCAGCAAAUGCCAGUCUUGCUGCCAUGGCAGCUGCUGCAGGACUAAACCCAAGCCUGAUGGCACCCUCACAGUUUGCGGCUGGAGGUGCCUUACUCAGUCUGAAUCCAGGGACCCUGAGCGGUGCUCUCAGCCCAGCUCUAAUGAGCAACAGUACACUGGCAACUAUUCAAGCUCUUGCUUCUGGUGGCUCUCUUCCAAUAACAUCACUUGAUGCAACUGGGAACCUGGUAUUUGCCAAUGCAGGAGGAGCCCCCAACAUCGUGACUGCCCCUCUGUUCCUGAACCCUCAGAACCUCUCUCUGCUCACCAGCAACCCCGUUAGCUUGGUCUCUGCCGCCGCAGCAUCUGCAGGGAACUCUGCACCUGUAGCCAGCCUUCACGCCACCUCCACCUCUGCUGAGUCCAUCCAGAACUCUCUCUUCACAGUGGCCUCUGCCAGCGGGGCUGCAUCCACCACCACCACCGCCUCCAAGGCACAGUGAGCUGGGCGGAGCUGGGCUGCCAGAAGCCUUUUUCACUCUGCGGUGUGAUUGGACUGCCAGCCAGGUUAAUAAACUGAAAAAUGUGAUUGGCUUCCUCUCGCCGUGUUGUGAGGGCAAAGGAGAGAAGGGAGAAAAAAAAAAAAAACCACACACACACAAACACAUACACACAUACCAGAAAAAGAAAGAAAGGAUGGAGACGGGACAUUUGCCUAAUUUUGUAAUAAAACACUGUCUUUUCAGGAUUGCUUCAUGGAUUGGAGAACUUUCUAACCAAAAAUUUAAAAAAAAAAAAAAAAGAAACAAAAAAAUCAAAAACAAACAAAAAUAAGUGAAAGGACUACUUAUCAUUUCCAGCAGUCAUGAUGACAAGUUAAGGUGGGUUACCAAUUCCAAUAUAGGAAGGGGAUUUCUUGUUUGUCUAAAUUUCUUUUUUUCUUAAAAAAAAAAAAGUCAUUUUUAUGGGUCUGUUGUACAGGCCAUUAAGUCAUAACAAGGUGUUUAUAAUCGUAUCAAUUGUGUUGGGGGUUCCUUUCUUAACUGGUACAAUUUAGGCAGGCCUGUAUUACUGUAUUAUUAUUGUUGUUGUUGUUAUUGUUUUAUAUAUAUAUAGUUUGGACAUGUUUAUUAUCUCUUGCUCCUGGAUCCUAUUUCAGUGAGCUCCCACACUGUGGGGAGGGAGGGUUUUGGGGUAAGGGGAGACUUCUGUUCUUAACUGUGGGGAAUGUUCUUGCUGGUUUCCUUAUCCUUGAUGACUCUUACAGAGGUGCUAGAAAAUUAUUUUCUUUUGCCACUUAUGCAAGAGGCUUGGUGCAGAAGCUGAAGGCAGUGUGUGCAAACACUCCCAUUCCACACACGCCCCUUCCCCUCCCCACAUCAGGUGGUGCCUUUGGAGCACUUUUGUGUAGGAAGGAAUUCCUGCUGAACUGUAGCUCUCACUCACCCCCAAAUCAUUGAAUGACCCUGAGGCCCAGUUCCUGUGGUGCAACAGUGCUGCUUUCUGCUACUUUCAAUGGGAACAGCUGUACAUGUUGCAGGGCAGGAUUUGGUUCCCAAGAGCAAAGACUACUGCAGACACCUGACUUGGUGGUUCUCCUGAUUUCUUAUCUCCUGAAAAAUGCUCCUACUGUUGGUGUGUUUGUUUGUUUGUUCCAUUUUGUGGAAGUUUUUCAUCCAAACUUUAACUAACUUGGCAAAGAAAAAAACUGACUUAUUGAAAUUGGGAAACUUUUCCCUUCUUUUAUUUUCUAAUGGAAUUCUACUAGACUAUUUUCCAUUGAUAAUGUAUACAAAAGAGGUGUCAUGAGAAGAGUGUAAGGUUACCACCUUUUCCUCUAGAGAGCCACAGACUUCCUUUCCACCGGAUGGUUUAUAAAUUCCUCUAACCCUGAGAUUCUUCUUGGUUCUCUGACUAAAGGAGGCACUUAUUAGCCGGGCUGGGAUCUGUAGAACCUUUCAAGAAGGACUUUGAGCAGGAACUUUGCACACACCUUAAGUGUCUCCUUGGUUUGUUCGUGAUGCUCCUGCUAGGUAGGUCUAAAUGGCAAUACACAUCUCUUUAUUCAAUGUAGAAAGUAAUUAGCUCUGUAAUUAUUUUCAGGGUGUUUCUAGACUAUAUAAAUGAGCCCAUUGAAAAGGAAGAGCUUGUGAAAGUGGAUGAAGAGGAAUAAGGGUAACUUGGAGAUUAAAUUCCCCUUUCUGUCAGUGUACUGUUAUUAUGCCAUCUGUACCAAAAAAUUUUCCAAAAGACUGGAUCACUGCAGUGCAGCUCAUCUAAGUUCCCCUUCUUAUUGGAGUUAAAGGUUCCCAUUUGGUGGCUGUGGGUGCUUGCUUAAAUCUCUGGUGGUCCCAAGACUGCACUUUUUCUCCCUUUCGAGCUGGGGAUGUAGAGAGAACUUACUGGUGAUUUUUAUUCUGAUUGCUUUUGUUUGUGUCCACAAGGGAGCUUGGAUUCUGUCUGGAUACUUGUCUCUCUUUACCAUUGUCCGGUAAGGCAGUAAAUACAGACACAACAUGUACGUUUGUGUGUGAUUCAAGUGGGAGACAGUCUGUUAAAAGGUCAGAAACAUUUUAGUCCCCUUUUAAAUUUUUCUUUUAGUUUAUUUCUAUCUUGUUUUAUUUCACAGAUAUUUAAUUACCACCCCUAAAUUUCCUCCUCUUACCCUUCACCUUCCCUAAAAUCCUUCCAAAAUCAGUGAACUGCAAGCAGGGAAACUAACAAAUGUCCAUUCACCCUUUUUGUGUGGUGUGUUUUUUAUGUUUUAUUUUGUUUUUUAACUAAGCUUGAACCAAAGUCAAUUUUUAGCAAGCUGCUGUACUAAUGGACUAGUUGAUAACGUGCAGUUCAGACACAUCGAGGAGAUAGAUGCUACUGACAAUUUCUUUUUCAUUUGUCUUUAUUAAUUUUAUAUAAAAGUUGCUGCUUGUUUUUAAUCUUUUAUGUUGGUAAAUUGUAAUAUCCUCUGGGCAGACAUUAACUUGAUGUUUAACUAGUUUAUUAGGUUGGUGUGUAAAUAGAAUGACAAUGUCAAUUACUAAUUUCUCUCCUCUCCAUUCACUUUUUCUCUGUUGUAGUUAAAUUUAAUCUUCUAUCCUGACUUGACAUCUCUACCUUUAGUCUGUGCAAAUGAUUUUAGGGCUAUCAGUAAUGCUGUAGCUGCCCAUAAGAAUGAGUCCCUCCCUCGGGAGUGGUGAAACUUAGAAGGAAGGAUUCAGGGAGGAAAAUGCUGGUGCCCACUAUACUGGAUUAGAAGUUAUAGCAUUAAUUUCUCAAAAUUGCUACCAAAGGAAGUGUGGAGUCCCAAGGGACUCAAGCUCGGUGAGGUAAGACAAAGGGCAAGGAAAGGCUGUUUGGGUGUUCUUUUUUUUCCCCACAUAUGGUUUAGAAAAUGAUCCCUUUCCCAAACAAAACUCACCAACAGACUUUAAUAUUAGAAAAGAUACUAAGCUUUAAAUGUCAAUACAAUACAAUACAAUUCCCUGCCCUGUCUAUAUUUUCUACUCAAUUUGGGAUAAGGGGAUUUUAUGUGAAGCACUUGAUGAGGGUAGACCAGCAUAAAAAAUCUGUUUAAAAGAAGAAAUAAUCUUUAGGAAAAGAUAAAUCUUUAGAUAAAAAUAAAUCUAAAGAUAAAUCUUUAGAUAAAAUUUUUUCUCUUUUUCUACUUAUUUAAAAAUAAGUUGUGAAAUGAAAGGUACAUUUACACAUGUACACACGAAACACUAAUAUAGCUUUUUGGUGAUGGUUUAGUUUAAAAUCAACUCCCUAUCCAUCAUCCCUAGAUAUUCUACUUAUCAUAUUGCUUCAUGAACACCUUAGUCAUUUUUUCUUUACGUAUAUUUUUUUUAUCAUCUCAAGAAAUGCAUUUUGAAUUGAAUGAACUAUCUUCUAAGCUAAGGUACUCAAAUUUAACUUUUAGCCACCUUAUAUGGGAGAGCCUGGAAACUAAAGGGGGCCAGGGACCGUUUGACCAAAAAGAGGUGUUUGGUGGAGUUUCUGCAUUUUAAAGAAGAAAGGCCAGAGAGGUCAUCACAAUUCACUGUAUUAUUCUUUUUUUCACCUUAAUGUUUAUGCAAAUUUUAUUUUAUAUUUCUGAAUUUGGUUAGCACAUACUAAGCCAAAGACUAUUCUAAAUGCAUUUAUAGUGAAUACUAUAUAUGCCCAUGGUAAUGGGUCCUCCCUAAGGAGUGGUGAAUGUAAUUGUGUGAAUCCUGCUUAUCACAAGUGGUGCAAUUUGGUCAUAAACUUUAUUUAUAGUACAUCUGAAUAACAGAGCAGAAAGACCUAAAAAAGGGCUUCUCACAGGAACAAUAUUACUAUGUUGUUCUAAGAAAAAAUGAGUGCUGUAUUAGUUUAAGUGUUUCUGAAGUUCUAUAGGCAGCAUUUUAGAAUUAAGAAUUGUGUAGAUCCAUUAACUGAUAGAAUUCACAUGUCCUUUUAUUUGUUAUCAGAAAGAUCAAUACUAUCCCAAUUUAUUCAACUUGUUACCCAAGAAAUGGAACCAAAGGAAUCCAACUUUCAUUUUGUGUAGAAUCAUACCUAUUUAUACUUAAUGCUAGCACUGUAAGAAAUAAAUCUUUUUUGUUUAAAAAAGGGAAGAUAAGAUUAAAGAUUCUUAGUGAGAUCAUCUUGCCAAUUUGUUGUACAUCUCUCAUUCAUUAUUGGGGAAAAAAAAGCACAACUAUACCUCUUUAAUGUUAUUUUCUUCCAUUAUCCCUCAUUUAUUUGGAAAGAUAAGGGAAACCUUGUCUGUAUUAUCCAGAAGCACAGAUAUUUGCUUGACACAAUAUUUAAAUUCAGCCCAAUCUUUAACAUUAAAAAAUUUUCUUUUUAACUUGCUGGAAAAGUCGGAUACAUUGGCAAAUAUAGGGAAUUCAUGUCUUUUUUGUUUUGUUUUGUUUUUCUGGUCUUGUUCUGUUGCCUAGGCUGGAGUGCAAUGGCACAAUCUCGGCUCACUGCAACCUCUGCCUCCCGGGUUCAAGCAAUUCUCCUGCCUCAGCCUCCCAAGUAGCUGGGAUUACAGGCGCCCACCACUGCACCCGGCUGAUUUUUGUAUUUUUAGUAGGGCGGGGUUUCUCCGUGUUGGCCAGGCUUUUUGAACUCCUGACCUCAGGUGAUCCACCCGCCUCGGCCUCCCAAAGUGCUGGGAUUACAGGCGUGAGCCACUGCGCCCAUCCUCAUGUCAAUUUUUAAAGUGAUAAAUCCUGAUAUUAUACAUUGCAAUUAGUGUAGAAUAAACGCUUGGCUUAUAGAACUCUCUGUUCUUAGUCUAAAGCUGUUCCCAAACCAGGUCAUCCUCAUGAAACAUUCUUGACCAAGAAAAAAGAUAAGGUCAUUGAGACAGGAAGACAGAGGAAAAGCCUCUUGCUGUUGUUUCUUCCCAAGAAAGGAGAAGCCUGCCAGGGAGAAGUCAGUAGUAUCACUGACUCACCCUAUCACUGAGUGUAGGGUGUGGUAGCAAGGAGGAGGCAGGGAAUUCAUGCUGACAGGUGGCUCUGGCCUGGCUCUUGGGGGGCCUUCCGAAGACCAGUCUGCAGUUUGAGGAAGGGCCCCAACAAUUCAUUUGGAGAGCUUGGCCAAAUACUUUCUCAUUAAAUCAGCACCUAAACUUGAUGAACUUAAAGUUUGUUUAUUAGAGUUGAAAACAUUAAAAGAUGACUGAUACUAAUGGGAGAAAAAUACUAAAGACCCAAAAUUUAAAAUUUUCCAAAAUGGACAAGAGUUGAUGGGUUAAUUUGCUCAUAACUGAUAUGAGUUUGCUUUUAUGUGUGUGUGGAAAGCAUUUAAUGUGUGAUGCUGUUCAUAGUCCUGGCUAUUUGAUGUCAUUUUCAGUUUUACAACAUUUUGAGGAUGACACUUUAUAAAAUGGUAAAUCUUUCUCAGCGUUUACAAACUUGGCUUUUGAGAAGGGAAAAAUCCUCUUUGCUAUUUCUGUAAGAAGAAUAACUGAGAUCAGCUAUUAUAUAGGUUCGCGUGGAUGGUGUACACAAUACAAAUGUAAACUUGGACAGGAAUAGGAUAAAUAAAUUGCUUUCAUCAUAAAGGCCAAUCAUCCAUUUCUUAAUCCAAAGAGAUUAAAUAUAAAUAGGACACCCCUGAGAUUUCCAGUAAGGUAUUUGAAAGAAUUCCACUGGGAGGACAGGGAAUAUAUUUUUUCUCAGAGCGUCCAGUUUGUACCCAGUUUUCUGUAUGGUUUGUGAACUGUAGCUUUUAAAAAAAAAAUUAUUUUGUAGUUUUCUUCUAACCUUAUUCAUUAAGUAGUUCCUUGUUUUGGCCCUUCUACUCUUGGCCUUAGCUAAAAGCAGUAAAUGUGAGUGAAUUUUAUGUUGAUUGUGUCAUCUGGAUCUCCUUUCCUUCCCUUCUUUUUCUCGUUGAAUGGUGGUACCUUAAUUUGGGUAACAGCUAGCUUCUGGCACCUUCAUAAAAUACCUCAGAAUAGCUUAGCAUUGUUGCAAAACUGGUUUUAAACUAAAAACCAAAUAAAUAAAUGAAAAAAUUUUAUAAAUAGUGGAAGUAAUUCUAGCUGUAGCAUUUAGUUGAACUAAUGUUUAUUAUGAUCGAUAAACAAGAUUGAUGCUGUAUGUAUUUGGGAUCCUGUUUAUAGGUUACAAUUUAUAGGGUUAGGGAGGGUUGGGUGGGGGAAGAGGAGAUGUUGAUUAUGUUAGAAGGAAAACAUUGCUCGUGUGUGUGUUUGUUUUUUCUUAUAUCUGUCUUGCCAAAGGAAACUUGAUUUUCCCUGUGAUUGGCUUAGGCUUCUCUGUGGUCUGAUCUGCAGCAGUGUGUGGUGGCAUGCAGGUAACAUAUGGGGUGUCCAGUAGGUUCAGGGACCCUGAGGGUGCAUUUACAUCCCUUCCUAUGGUUGCCCAUGCCCCCCAGACCCUGCCAACCUCUCCUAAUGAUUCAUUACCUCUGUACAUAGCAAAAGCAUAGACAAAGGAUGAAUGUGUGAAUGCCUGGAUGUGCAGUUGAGAAAUAGAGGCAGAAAUAGACAUGCACCAAUUAAUUUGGAGCCAAGAGGUGAGUGAUCGAUAUAUCUUAAAUCUAGGAAAGUUAAAGUGAAACAGGUUCUUUGUGUUGCCCUCUGUCAAGUUACUGAAUGUUGUGCUAAUAACACAACAUUUUAAAACCUUACUUACUUUCCUCAUACCAAGGCUAGUUCUUUCUAGACCAAAAACACAAACAGGAUAAAAAGCAAACCAAGAAGUUGAAAGCUAACCUGCCCACCUCACCCCUGUGAUAUAAAGUGUGACCCUUAAGGAUUGGUUGGUGGGAUUGAGGAGAGAAUUAUUCUUGGUGGGAACAUGAAUGAGAAAUGAUGCUGGCUUAGGAAAAAUUACAAGCCCUUUCUGCCCAUACUCUGGGACAAACUUUCUUGGCUCCCUGAGUUCGGAUAUAGACUGUAUCUCCAGAAAGGCUAUUUUUUUAAAUGAAUGAUCUCACAGAACUUAAGUGGGAUUUGGUUUAGAUACCAAAGACACUGCUAAUGUCAUUGCUUAUCCUUAAGUUUUCAAAACAGGCAGAGGGAAUAGGAGCAAAAAGCCAAAAUUUGGAAAAGCUUUACUUUAUCUCUUUCCUUCCCUUUUCCCCUUUUCCCAGUCCCCUGCUUUUUGAAGGAAGUCUUCUUGGUUGUCCUGGCUUUGGAAAAGAGAUUUAUUUUGUUUUGCUCUGCUGGCUCUUUAAAGAUGGAUAGUUGCUCAGUGUAGCAGUGAUGUUCUUGGAAUUGCUGAGAAAUUUGGGGAGGACAAAAGAUAGGGGUAGAAUUUUUUCAUUAUUUCCCUUUAUCUAAUACUUUUAAAUAGAACCAACACAGCCUAUAUGAGUUCAGACAAUAUUUAGAUGUGGUAUCUCCAUCUGUCUCCUGUAAAAGAUAAGAAUUUUCAAGAACAGGAUUACGUGGAAAACCAAAAGAUCUUCCCUUACUCUCCUAUAAAUAUUUUGUUCCAAAUGUUUUUAUAUAUGGGCUCUAGGGAGUCAAGUAGUUCAUUGUUUUGGUGUACUAUUGAUAGGACACAGAAAGGGAGAGAGGGUAAAGAAAUACAUCGCUCUCUGAAUAUUGCAUCAAAAAUGAUCAGGUUGCAGAACUUCAUGAAAACUUUACUAAUAAUCUUAUUCUGACAUUAUGUAAAGGUGGUAUUAAUAUUGUAUGACUUUUCAAAGUGCUAGAUAGGUUUAUAAGUAAGUAAUAGGGAUGUUGAAGAUUAGAGCACUUGAAACAGAAGUUCUGGGAAAAUAAGGUGUGUGUAAUGGAACACCACUUUGAGCACAGAAACAAAGGUCCCUUGGACCUGGUAGGGAAGAUGUGAUUUAUGAUUGUUUCUGUGUCCCUGUAUCUGCCCACCCUGCACAGGGCUCCACCACCCAGGGCCACCUUCUGGUUUAAACCCAGGACUCUGUCAAAAAGUUAAGACCCCAAAACUAAUUUCCUGUAAAAAACAUUGAGGACUGCUGCAAAGUUUUCCCAUGUUUUCUUUGUGUACUUGUUCAUCAUUGUAUAAGUUAGCCACAGCUUCACAAGAGCAGCUUAAGGCUUCUUUCAUAAAUUGGCAGUGGCAUUGAGUUCUCAAACAUAUCCCAAAGUCUGCAGGCAGACAGCUGGAUACAGCGCUGUGUAUAAAAUGAGACGUCCAAACACUUGAGUUUCUUAAGAUCGGGAUCUCUUUCAAAUGAAAAAGGACAGGGCCAAGUAGAGAAAAGACUUUGUGCUACCACCCGGCCUUAAUGAGUCUCAUGGUCUAAAAGUAUAGGAAGAAAUGAAAUGCACUUUCAGAAGCUAAAAUGACAGUGUCUGCUACAAAAGGCUGUAGUUGUAGACAGUCGGGGAUGCCAUGUCCUUGGUUCCAUUCCUGCAUGAGUCUGCAGAAGGCACACACUUUGUAAGAGUAGAGCGGACUAGUGCCAGCCUGAAUAGGUUUAAAACUGCAAACAGUUGGAGAACAUGGAACAGGUUGGUGCAGGGAGCCUAAGAUUUUGCAAUCAUAUUAUAACAUUGGCUUUUGACAACAUAAGUGUAUCUUCCCUAAGGUCAGGUCAGGGAAAGAAAGACUUCCAGCUUCUUACCUCUGCGUGCAUGGGCACGUGUGCAUUGCUCAGUCCACAGGAGGUCUCACUCCGCAGGAAACGCUCUCCUCCCGCAUUAGUCUGUACUUCCAUCCCCUCAUCUGUGGUAGUAGUGAAGGCUAGGUGAGUAAGCGUGGGCUGUUCUACCCACCAGAAGUCCAGGAGCUGUUGUAUACCUCAUUUCUAACUCGUGACCGAGUGACUUGCUUUAACUUUCUCGAAACCCUACAGAGUUGCCAAGUCUGCCCUCCCUCCUCAGUCAUGUUAAACUCUGGCCUAUAGCAUCAUGGGACCUGUAGCCUAGGGUGGGACCCCCUAAAGCCUCUGAAUGUCGCUGCUUAAAAGCUACUGCAAACUGAGGGCAAAUUGCAAUCUUCUAUUCCUUUUUGUUGCAAGGGGUCUUCACAGGUCUCUUAACAUCUACCUUCCCUGCCACCCUGCCUUUAGGGGCUGGCCAGCUAUCCACACCCCUAACCCACCCUGUGUUUCUGACAGCUGGCCACACGUCAACUUCUGUACUUGCCUUUUCCUUGGUGGGUAGAGGCCAACCCCUUCUCCUCUGAGGCCUCAGGGUUCUGUUUCUUUUCAGGACUUUGGGUAGAAGGGAAGACACCAAAGGCUCCUUUAAGCUGACUGCUGCAUACACAUUUCACUUUUUUUCCUUUGACAUGACCAAAAAUAUCCAAAUAUUUAAGUUUAUUAUUAUUAUUAAUAUUAUUAUUAUUUGACAAUCUUAUAUCCAAUGGGCUCUCUAGAAGCUGCAUCCCCAGCCCUUUCACCUUUUCUUUGAAUGUAGUUCCCAACCUUCAAUUCCCACCCCUAAUUCUGACAAAAAGCUUAGCCAGGUCAUGAUACUGCUGCUAUAAGCCAGGGGAGGGUGGUUUCUUUGUUUUGUUUUUUAAAUUUCCAGCCAAAACCAAAGAUUUCUUAAUGAUUGUAUAAACUCAAAACAAACAAAAGAACCAAAGAAAAGGGAAGUCUUCAGCAUCAGUCCAGUCUGUGGUGUCCUGGCACUUAGAAGAGUGAGGCCAGGGAAGGUGGGGCGGGGGGACCCUCUGACUGGAUCAGAAAGGGCAGGCAAGCUGUUUUCCACCUUCCAGGGUCCAGCACAGGUGCAUGCCCCUAGCUUUGGCCCUCACAAACUUGUGAGCAUGCCCUGAAACAAAUUGGCAUUUCAGAUUUUCCAAAACAAAAGUCAAAAAACCCCAUCACCACCAUCAUCCACCCUACACCAACCAGGGUCACUAUGGGGACUUAGCACAGGGCCUAGGGAGGGUGGGAGCUGCUGCUAGACUGGCCCGAGGACUCCACAGAGUGGGGGACGUUGAAGACACUGGCGCACGAUUGGCUGCUCUGCUGGGUGCUUUAACCUCUGGGGCUGGGCGAAUGCACGCCACGAUGCCCUUCUGAGCCUUUUUUCUCUUUUCCUGUACUGGAACUGCUUGGAAGUGGCUGUCCUGUUUGUGAGAAAACAUGCAGAAAGAUUAUCAAGCUUUUCAUUUCUCUUUAUUGUAGUUUUCUUUCCUUUUUGCAGCACCACUGUGCAACUAUGCAUUGUACUUCACAACCUUUUGUGCUAGGUAGAUGCCUGUGACUUUUUAACUUGGGGGGUGGGGGGAUUGCAAAUGAAGGAACUUUUUACAUGGAUCUUUUUAAUCUCAGUUGAUUGGGGGAGGGGGGUACUUGGUUCUUGGGUCAUACAAGCUCUAUCCCAAAGCAAAAUCCAAAUGUUAAUAAUAUUAGCCUGAUGCAGAUACCAAAGAUAAUUUCUUUCCUGCAGAACCUUAGACUCGUGUAUUAAGUACGAUUACCCAGCACUUGCAUUAGUCUAACCUCAGUAAUUCCAAAGCUUAGAUGUAUAUUUUGGUAUAUUUCUGGGAUAUUAAAAAAAAAUGUCGUUUAACUUCUUGUUUGUUUCAGUGUAAUGCUCUUAAAGUCAUAGCAUGAAAAUAAUUGAACUGUCCUAUUCUUAGUAGUUUGAAAUAAUAGUAUUUUUGUAUGUUUUGGGUGUGUCUAUGUAUGUAUUAACAUAACAGUUUUCACUGCCUAGGUGUUCAUAAUAAAAAAAUGAAAAAAGUUCUGAGUGUACAUAAUAUUCAAUAAUAAUCUCCCACCAGGUGUCAAUUUAGAUUGCAUAUUCCUCAUUACUGUUCCCAACUGAGAUUUUGUUUUCUUUUAAAGAGACAGUGAUCGUGUUUUUCUAAAGAUGUUUUCUUUCUCUCUUUCAAUAUCUUAACUCACUUUUUUUUCUUCCUUUUUUGUCUUAAUUAUUAAUUCAGGGGUGUUUGUCCACUGUUGUCAAAGGAGGGGCACAAGGGGAAUUGGCCCCUUGGCCUCCUAGAACUUUUUGUUUUAUGUACUUUAAAAUGUGAGUUUGAGUUCUUCUUUGUGGAAACUUAAGAUGUGGUGUAAAUGAUUCUUUCCAAAAUUGUCCAGCAGCUUUAAUGAGGCAGUGACAAUUCUGAGGUGGUUUAUUGGGAGUCCUUCUACAUUUCUCUUAAAUAACUCUGCACUCUGGGUGGCUAUUGUGUAGCCUUACUGCCCCAGAGUGCCUGUUAGCCAAAUAUUUCCCCUCUGAUAGGAAUAUUUUCUAAGAAUCAGCUGAUAACUUGCUUGCUGGACCUUGUUAUCUGUGCCCCUGGGAGACACACGUUUUCUUGGUUUUGAAAACCUGAAACACAGGCAACUUUACAUUUUGGGGAAUUAGCUGAUGCCUCCUGAGGCCUGAGGAGGUGGCGGGGAAUAUGAGCGGUGCUGUCUCUCUCAAAGUGCCCUUUAGAUGAUUCCCCCUCCUAGGGCUGCCUGCAGGGGCUGUAGGCUUGGGAAAGAUUGUGUAGGUGACAGUGAAUCAGAAUGAAAUGGUAGAUUUUGUGUAGAUGCAUUUGUCUGCUGUAAUUUUUUAUAUAUAUAUUAAACUUACUGUAACUGUACAGUUCAUUUCUGUUGUAAAACAUCAUUAAACCAUUUUCCAAGUGUUUUCACAU